AUGAUUUCUUCAAAGCCCAGACUUGUCGUACCCUAUGGCCUCAAGACUCUACUCGAGGGAGUUAGCAGAGCCAUUCUGAAAACCAAUCCACCAAACAUCACUCAGUUUGCCGCAGUUUAUUUUAAAGAGCUUAUUUUGUUUCGAGAAGGAAACACUUCCAUGGAUAUAAAAGAAUUGGUUAAACAAUUUCAUCAGAAAAAAGUUGAGAAGUGGUCAGAAGGAACGGCACAAGAGAAGAAACCAGAAUGUGUAAAAGAACCAGAAAAACCAUCUGUAAUUUCCCCAGAACCUACACGGAAGGAAAAAUCUACGGACACAGAGGAGGACAAUGUGACUGGACCACUAUUAAGCAACAAAACCACCCAAUUUCCAUCAGUUCAUGCUGAAGCCCCAGAGCCUGUGGACACACCUGAAGUAGUUUGUGGUCCUUCUUCCAAACCAACCUCUCCUGAGGCUACUACCCCACCCUCAUCACCAUCUCCAGCAGCUGUCCCACCAGAGUUUGCCUAUGUCCCAGCUGACCCAUCUCAGUUUGCUGCCCAGAUGCUAGCAAUAGCAGCAAGCGAAGCAGGACAACCACCACCAUAUUCUAACAUGUGGACCCUUUAUUGUCUAGCUGAUAUGAAUCAACAAAGUCACCCAUCACCGCCACCUGCACCUGGGCCUUUCCCCCAAGCAACCCUCUAUUUAUCUAAUCCUAAGGAUCCACAGUUUCUGCAGCAGCCACCGAAAGUUACUUCUCCAGCUUAUGUGAUGAUGGAUGACACCAAGAAGACCAGUGCCCCACCUUUUAUUUUGGUAGGCUCAAAUGUUCAGGAAGCACAGGAUUGGAAACCUCUUCCUGGACAUGCUGUUGUUUCGCAGUCAGAUACCUUGAAGAGAUAUACUGCAGUACAAGUACCUAUUGCUGUUCCUGCAGAUCAGAAAUUCCAGAAACAUAUCCCAAAUCCCCAGAAUGCUAGUUCUCCUACAAGUGGACAAGAUGUCCCCCGACCACAAAGCCCAGUUUUUCUUUCUGUUGCUUUCCCAGUAGAAGAUGUAGCUAAAAAAAGUUCAGGAUCUGGUGACAAACGUACUCCUUUUGGAAGUUACGGUAUUGCUGGAGAAAUUACCGUGACUACUGCCCAUGUUCGCAGAACAGAAACUUAA